AUGAAACUCACCUGUGGCUUUGAGAUGCUGCUGAAAAAAGCGAACACAAUCAACAAUCGAUUUGUUAGGGAAGCAGCUAUCCUGCUAGAAGAUAUCGACGAAGAUGGCCCUGCAUUCCUACCGACAGACGAGACUAUAAGGACGUGGCCCGGGGUGGAUAGAGACGAUGAUGACCGCUGGAUGGAUAUUGACUUCCAAGAGCUGGAUAAUGAAUUGAACGGUCUUCAUCGAAACUCCGCCGAGACAUCAAAUAAGCAAGGCUUCAAUGACCCGAAUGGCGCAGAGUUAGACAGUGAUCAAAGUGCCGAUGAUCCCGAUGACGACCAUAGCACCGCUAGUGACGACCACGAUGAGGAUGGUAGGGCCGCCGAGGGUGAAGAGGCUGAUUUCGACGUUGCUUUAGAUGAAUCAAGGUUUGCAUUUUUACUCAAGGAAUUCCUCGACGUGGACCAGAAGACUGAGGGUCGCCAAUCCCCUCAACCCGGUCACGACAUACCUGGGACGCAGAAUGCUGAGGUGAUGGGAGUCCGGCAACUGAUGGAGAGCAUGGAGGCCGAGCUCAAGAAACACGGCGCAUUGGCAUUAGACACGACUAGCCAAAGCUUAGCAACUCUGAAGGACGACAAGCGUGGGGACGGGGAAAGUCGUCGAAGGAUGUCGGAACUAGACUUCGAACUCAUCCGAAUCUCUAUCGCCAAGUUCCGCAAGCCCCGUGAAACCCUCCCAGAGGCCAUCUCUGUUCUCUCCGUAGAAGGCAUUUGCCAGCAACGGAUCUCCAAACACGCAGCUACUCCAGUCUAG